UUCCAAAAGAACAUCUUCAAAUGACGAUCCACAGAGCCUUAUCCAAUGACACUCGCUCUCGCUCAUCCUCUCCCCUUCUCUGCCUGUUGCUCCCAUGUGUCUCUCUCAUCCCCAAAGAAUUUCUCAAUCAAAUUCAAACUUAGAGCAUCAUCGACGCAACAACUUUCUUCCAAUCCAACGUCUUCAACUCCCAAACAAAAAACUGGAGUCAUUGUAAUUGGAGCCGGCCUUGCUGGUUUAGCAGCUGCAACCCGACUCAACUCCGAAAACGUUCCCUUCAUCCUCCUGGAAGCUUCUGACGGAGUCGGUGGUCGUGUUCGAACUGACAUCGUAGACGGCUUUAUCCUUGAUAGAGGCUUCCAGAUCUUCAUAACGGCAUAUCCUGAGGCUCAGAAACUCCUUGAUUAUCAAGCACUAGAUUUGCAGAGAUUUUACUCAGGUGCAAAGAUUUACUUCGAUGGUCAAUUCUACACAGUGGCUGAUCCUUUGCGUCAUUUUUGGGACGCUGUAGAGUCAUUAACGAAUCCAAUUGGUUCCAUUCUCGAUAAAUUACUUAUAGGAUCAACUAGACUUCAGGCAUUGGCGAAAUCAGACAAUGAAAUAUUUUCUGCCAGCGAGGUUACCACAAUUGAUUUAUUGAAAAACAUCGGGUUUUCGGAUUCCAUUGUUAGCCGGUUUUUUAGGCCAUUCUUUGGCGGGAUAUUCUUCGAUAGCGAGCUUCAAACAACGUCUAGAUUGUUCAACUUUAUUUUUAAGUGUCUUGCUCUCGGUGAUAAUACGCUUCCAGCUAAAGGAAUUGGAGCCAUUCCUAAUCAGCUAGCAGCUAAAUUGCCUCCUAAUUCUGUUUUCUUGGAUACAAGAGUUGCUUCUAUUGAUAUUGAAAGAGCAAAUCCUAGCGUCACAUUGCAAAGUGGUGAAAUUGUACAAAGUGAGAUGGGUGUAAUUCUUGCCGUUGAAGAACCUGAAGUGGACAAGCUUUUUGCGGGCAGGAAUGAUAUUAAACCGGUUCAGAAAAAGCCGUAUCGGAGUACAGUUUGUGUAUAUUUUUCGGCAGAUCGAGAUAAGGUUCCUGUUCAAGAUCCGGCGCUGUUUUUGAAUGGGUCGGGUAAGGGGAUUAUAAACAACAUGUUCUUUGCAACCAAUGUAGCUCCAUCAUAUGGGCCGCCUGAUAAGGCAUUAGUAUCAGUGUCGUUGAUUGGACUGUUUGAGGAUGUUUCUGAUGAUGAUCUGACGGUUGAGAUCGUUGGAGAGUUAUCGGGUUGGUUUGGCAGCUCAAUUGUGAAGUCAUGGAAAUAUUUGAGAACAUACAGGAUCGGAUUUGCGCAACCGAACCAAUGCCCUCCGACUGAUUUGAUGAAGACAUCUCGGGUUGGAUCGGGUUUAUAUUUGUGCGGUGAUUAUAUGACUUCUGCUACUUUUGAUGGUGCUUUGGUUUCCGGAAGAAAAGCAGUUGAAGCUUUAUUGGGAGAUAGAGCAUCAACUCGAGUUUAAUCAUCUUAUCUAAUUGUACUUAUAAACCUUUUAAACCUUUUACCGCUUGUGUUUCUGAAAUUGUUUUUUUUGUUAUAAAUUUUUUUAAAAUUUUUUAUUGAAAUAUGUACAUUAUCAUUUAUAAAUUGCACGUGACUAGUUAUUUGUCCGUACAUUUCAC